AUGGGAAGAGACAGAGAGACAGAGGAAUACAAUGUGGAAAUACUGAAAACAACCAAGAAGUUAUUGGAGCUUCUCUCAGAGGGACUAGGUUUGGAUGGGAAGGUUUUGAAUUCUUCUUUGGGUGGUGAUGAAAUUGAAUUUGAAAUGAAAAUCAACAUGUACCCACCAUGCCCACAACCUCAGCUCGCCCUCGGAGUUGAACCUCACACUGACAUGUCUGCUCUCACUUUACUUGUCCCCAAUGACGUUCCCGGUCUUCAAGUUUGGAAAGACGGUAAUUGGGUAGCUGUCAAUUACUUGCCAAAUGCACUCUUCGUCCAUGUUGGUGAUCAACUUGAGGUACUAAGCAAUGGUAAGUACAAGAGUGUUCUUCACAGGAGUUUGGUGAACAAAGAAAGGACAAGAAUGUCUUGGGCUGUGUUUGUCGUGCCUCCUCAUGAAGCAGUGAUUGGACCUCUUCCAGAGCUCAUUGAUGAGAAAAACCCAGCAAAAUAUUCAACCAAAACAUAUGCUGAGUACCGUUAUCGCAAAUUCAAUAAGAUUCCACAAUAAUUGCAUUUUAUUGAGCUGAGAGGUUGGCAUUGGAAAAGUCUAUGCUGGUUCUCGAUAUUAAUAUGUCUGUUUUUGUCCCAGUUCCACUCAAGUAUGAUUGUGCCUCUACAGAGGAACUUUCAGGAUUUGUGGGUACAGAAUUGUUUCUGGUUCAGUUCAUAUAUUGCUUUUGCUGAGAAAUUAUCUUCAUUACAGUCCAAUGUAUUGUACCCCCUGAAUGUUUCUUAAAUAAGAUUAUUUCUAUUAUUCAGUUUGAA